GUCGACAUCAUCACCAGGCGUCCGCUGUUUCGUACAAUUACCGCGUCUGUUUUGCUCAAACGGCGAAGCUAAAAACUAGAAACUGAAAUCCACUAGAAACUGAAAUCCCCCCGUAUUCACAGACUGUGCUUAAUUGUGUGUCACUUGCUUGGUUUUUUGUCGGCUUACUUUUUAUAUGUGUGUGGGUCGCAGUCACAGUUUGUAAAGUGUUGCUGUUUGCUUGCGGCUAACUCGGCCAGGAUUCCUGCUCAGAGGAUGGACAGUGAAAUCCAACGAGAUGGGAGAGUGCUGGACCUCACUGAUGACGCCUGGAGGGAAGACCGACUGCCCUACGAAGACGUCACCAUCCCUCUAACUGAAUUGCCAGAGGCUGAGCAGGACAACGGAGGCUCCACAGAGUCUGUGAAAGAACAAGAGAUGAAGUGGACAGACCUCGCCCUGCAGAGCCUGCACGAAAACACACCAAGCACCGGAAGCUGAAAGACUAAUCAGGAAUCCAACAGAAAUAGAAAGUGGACACUUGAGUCUUUUUUGCAUUGUAUUUUGAAUGAUUUUCAUUAUGUUCCAACUAAGCUGAAAUUAUGGGAAAUGUAUUUUUGCUUCAUUAUUGGGUUUGUAGUCCUGACAAAUAUGAAAUGUAAAAACACAACUUGGCAUCAUUGGAAAAGAGUUGCAUUCUAAGAUUUCCCUUUUUUGUGCAGAAUUCAGAAAGGGAAGGUUGUUGACAUUCAUUCGUAUUUGCUCUUACUCUCUUUGCUUUGGUUCUUUUGAGCUAAAGUUUAGAAAAGCUCUGUUGAGAGUUGCUGGUGGCUGGUUUUGCACCUGAUAGCACUGUCUAAGGCUGAGGAAUCUCUGUGGGAACGUUGUUGGGGAAGUUUGAACCAGUAUCCUGACUGUAUCUCCGCCAUCACUGGGUGUGUGCAGCCUCUGCCAUGAGCUUGUAAACAUGGUCAUGUGGCCCCUUCCCCACCAGGGCUGACGGGUGCCGGUAGGAGCCCCCCAGGCGAUCCCAGAGCGUAAAGUAUUGUCCGUAGUUGUAGUUGAAGAAAAGAUGAUGGUCUACGUGGUGCGCAGCACCGUUGAUCAGACAUAUCAGGGGGCCGGGGAUGCGGUAGUCUCCAUCGUGUAUGGAAAUGGUCCAGAUGUUGACAAAGACAAAGAGUGCGAGGUAGACCACCUGAAAUUUAAAUAUACAAAUGCCAUUUAAAAACUGUUUGGUUAAGUUUACAUCAAUUAAUAAACUUUUUUGAAAUUUA